AUGAUCCUCCGCUGGCUGCUGUUUCUGGUGAUGGCUGUGCCUUCUGGCACAACAGGCAUCAAAACCUGCAUGUUCUGUGAGCUGACCGACUCCCAGAAGUGCCCCGGCAUGCUCAUGACCUGUGGCGAUGACGAGGACUGCUUCACCGGCAAGGGGACAGCCCCCGGAGUCGGCUCCAUCACCAACAAAGGCUGCACAAGAUCCAGUUCUUGUGGCCGUGAGGAGCCUGUCACCUACCAGGGCGUCACCUACAGCCUCAUCUCCACCUGCUGCUAUGGACACCUGUGUAACAGGGCUCCGGACCCUGAAGGCAAGUGGAUGGUGGGGACCCCUACCGGCCUGGCGCUGAGCGUGCUGCUGCUCCAUUGGCUCUGA